GGACUGAGUACGGGUGCCUGGUAGGCUUUUGCGGAAGUCCCUGCGCCAUUGGGAGGGCCUCAGCGGCUGCUCUGUGUCCUUGUUACUGAGAGUCUCUUUCUGGGUCAUUCCUAAGAGCAGGAGCCGGACUGGGGCUUAUAAGGUGGCUCCCGCGUGGCCGUCUCGGCACCUGUGGGACUUCCCCGCUGGCGGGAUGUGGCGACUACGUCGGGCCGCCGUGCCCUGUGAGGUCUGCCAAUCCUUAGUGAGACAUAGCUCUGGAAUAAAAGGAAAUUUACCACUACAAAAACUGCAUCUGGUUUCACGAAGUAUUUAUCAUUCACGUCAUCCAACCUUAAAGCUUCAAAGACCCCAAUUAAGGACAUCACUUCAGCAGUUCUCUUCUCUAACUAACCUUCCUUUACAUAAACUAAAACUUUCUCCAAUUAAAUAUGGCUACCAACCUCGCAGGAAUUUUUGGCCCGCAAGAUUAGCUGCACGACUCUUAAAACUUAGGUAUAUCAUACUGGGAUCUGCUGUUGGGGGUGGCUAUACUGCUAAAAAGACUUUUGAUCAGUGGAAAGAUAUGAUACCUGAUCUUAGUGAUUAUAAAUGGAUUGUGCCUGACAUUGUGUGGGAAAUUGAUGAGUACAUCGAUUUUGAGAAAAUUAGAAAUUCCCUUCCUAAUUCAGAAGACCUUGCAAAGUUAACACCUGACUUUGACAAGAUUGUUGAAAGCCUCAGCUUACUGAAAGACUUUUUCACCACAGGUCACAAAUUGGUUAGUGAAAUCAUAGGAGCUUCUGACCUUCUCUUGUUAGGUUCACCUGGAGAAACAGCAUUUAGAGCAACAGAUCAUGGAUCUGAAAGUGAUAAGCAUUAUAAAAAGGGUCUGCUUGGUGAGCUCAUUCUCUUACAACAGCAAAUUCAAGAGCAUGAAGAGGAAGCACGCAGAGCUGCUGGCCAAUAUAGCACGAGCUAUGCCCAACAGAAGCGCAAGGUGUCAGACAAAGAGAAAAUUGACCAACUUCAAGAAGAACUUCUACAUACACAGUUAAAGUAUCAAAGAAUCUUGGAACGAUUAGAAAAAGAGAACAAAGAAUUGAGAAAAUUAGUAUUGCAGAAAGAUGACAAAGGCAUCCAUCAUAGAAAGCUUAAGAAGUCUUUGAUUGACAUGUAUUCUGAAGUGCUUGAUGUUCUCUCUGAUUAUGAUGCCAGUUAUAAUACACAAGAUCAUCUGCCACGAGUUGUUGUAGUUGGAGAUCAGAGUGCUGGGAAAACAAGUGUAUUGGAAAUGAUUGCUCAAGCACGAAUAUUCCCAAGAGGAUCUGGAGAGAUGAUGACACGUUCUCCAGUUAAGGUGACUUUGAGUGAAGGUCCUCAUCAUGUGGCCUUGUUUAAAGAUAGUUCUCGGGAGUUCGAUCUUACCAAAGAAGAAGAUCUUGCAGCACUAAGACAUGAAAUCGAACUCCGAAUGAGGAAAAAUGUGAAAGAAGGCUGUACUGUUAGUCCUGAGACCAUAUCCUUAAAUGUAAAAGGCCCUGGGCUACAGAGAAUGGUGCUUGUUGACUUACCAGGUGUGAUUAAUACAGUGACAUCAGGCAUGGCUCCUGACACAAAGGAAACUAUUUUCAGUAUCAGCAAAGCUUAUAUGCAGAAUCCUAAUGCCAUCAUUUUAUGUAUUCAAGAUGGAUCUGUAGAUGCCGAACGCAGUAUUGUUACAGACUUAGUCAGUCAAAUGGAUCCUCAUGGAAGAAGAACCAUAUUUGUUUUGACCAAAGUAGACCUAGCAGAGAAAAAUGUAGCCAGUCCGAGCAGGAUUCAGCAGAUAAUUGAAGGAAAACUCUUCCCGAUGAAAGCUCUAGGUUAUUUUGCUGUUGUAACAGGAAAAGGAAACAGCUCCGAAAGCAUUGACGCUAUUAAAGAAUAUGAAGAAGAAUUUUUUCAGAAUUCAAAACUUCUAAAGACAAGCAUGUUAAAGGCACACCAAGUGACUACAAGAAAUUUAAGCCUUGCUGUAUCAGACUGCUUUUGGAAAAUGGUACGAGAGUCAGUCGAACAACAGGCUGAUAGUUUCAAAGCAACACGUUUUAACCUUGAAACUGAGUGGAAGAAUAACUAUCCUCGCCUACGAGAACUUGACCGGAAUGAACUAUUUGAAAAGGCUAAAAAUGAAAUCCUCGAUGAAGUAAUCAGUCUGAGCCAGGUUACACCGAAACAUUGGGAGGAAAUCCUUCAGCAGUCUUUGUGGGAAAGAGUAUCUACUCAUGUGAUUGAAAACAUCUAUCUUCCAGCUGCACAGACCAUGAAUUCAGGAACUUUUAACACUACUGUGGAUAUCAAGCUUAAACAGUGGACUGAUAAACAGCUUCCUAAUAAAGCAGUAGAGGUUGCUUGGGAGACCCUACAAGAAGAAUUUUCCCGCUUCAUGACAGAACCCAAAGGGAAAGAGCAUGACGAUAUAUUUGAUAAACUCAAAGAGGCUGUUAAGGAAGAAAGUAUUAAACGCCACAAGUGGAAUGAUUUUGCAGAGGACAGCUUGAGGGUUAUUCAGCACAAUGCUUUGGAAGACCGGUCCAUAUCUGACAAGCAGCAGUGGGAUGCAGCUAUUUAUUUCAUGGAAGAGGCUCUUCAGGCUCGUCUCAAAGACACUGAAAAUGCAAUUGAAAACAUGAUAGGUCCAGAUUGGAAAAAGAGGUGGUUAUACUGGAAGAAUCGAACCCAAGAGCAGAGUGUUCACAAUGAAACCAAGAAUGAAUUGGAGAAGAUGUUGAAGUGUAAUGAAGAGCACCCAGCUUAUCUGGCAAGUGAUGAAAUAACCACGGUCCGAAAGAACCUUGAAUCUCGAGGAGUGGAAGUGGAUCCAAGCUUGAUUAAGGAUACUUGGCAUCAAGUUUAUAGAAGACAUUUUUUAAAAACAGCUCUAAACCAUUGUAACCUUUGUCGAAGAGGCUUUUAUUACUACCAAAGGCAUUUUGUAGAUGCUGAGUUGGAAUGUAACGAUGUGGUCUUGUUUUGGAGAAUACAGCGCAUGCUCUCUAUCACUGCGAAUACUUUAAGGCAGCAACUUACAAAUACUGAAGUUAGGCGAUUAGAGAAAAAUGUUAAAGAGGUACUGGAAGAUUUUGCUGAAGACAGUGAGAAGAAGGUUAAGUUGCUCACUGGUAAACGAGUUCAGCUGGCUGAAGACCUCAAGAAAGUUAGAGAAAUUCAAGAAAAACUUGAUGCUUUCAUUGAAGCUCUUCAUCAGGAGAAAUAAAUUGUUACUAAAAUCCUACUCAUAAUAUAAUCGCCUCUGCAUACAUCUGAAGAAGAAAAGUUUAAAGUCUUUUGUCCUGCCUCUUUCUCUUCUGCUCUCCCACCUUUCUAAACAUACAAUAAAGUCAUGAGAUAAAAAUAAUUGAUGCGUGUUACAGGCAUUUUAACCAUCAGCUGCCUUUUGAGUGAAGAACAGUGGUAAUGGCAUUAACAUCCUAUUUUCGUUGUACAGAAAUGAUAAAUUGGGAUAAUAUAAUUGUCAUGCCAUUAGGUUCAUUUCUUGAAGAUAAGAAACUUGCUGUCUGCUUGAUUCACUUGUGGUGGCACUAAUUUAAUUCAUUAAAUCAUGUUAUUCAGUGUCAGUUUCUCUUCCAGAAAUAUAAUGCUAGGUGUCUUGAAAUAAAACUUAUAGCAAUUUUUGAAAGUUGUCCAUUGUAUAUAAAAUGAUAGUAGCCCGC